AACAACGGUCAUAAUGAGCCCAUUAUAAAUAGAGCCCGCACAAAUAUCCAAACCCAAAGAGUCGACGCGGUAUAUACAGGAGAAUUUGGAGAAUUCCGUCGAGCGAGGAUCGACCGCCUUGGAACGGUGGCUCAAGCUCUUGUCGCCUCUUAGAUCCGCAAAUUGGUUUUACCUCGCUGUCUUGAGUACUUGAAGCUUGACUUGCUACCGUGGUUGAAGAUUGUGGAUAUCGAGGUUCUAAAUAAUGUCCAGCAAGAAGGAAGAGAAAGCUCAGGCAGCAGCUGAGAGGAUCAAGGCUGCCGCAUUGAGUGCUGCAAAAGGCCUUAGUCGUGCCCAAGCCGAAAGGGCUGCGGCUGCAGCUGCCCGCAAUGUUAAUGCUUAUGGGCAAAAGGAAGAAGGGCCUAGCCGAUGGCAAGAGAAAAGGGAAGCUAAACGGCAGAUGUACUUGAUGAGUACAGAAAAACAAGUGAGAUUGGGUGAAAGAAAAGACCUUAAGUCUACUAUGUCCACUGCUGGUGGCAGUGCUCAGUGCCAGAAAUGUUUUCAAACCGGACAUUGGACUUUUGAGUGCAAGAAUGAAAGGGUUUACAUGGCACGUCCCUCAAGGACACAGCAGCUUAAGAACCCUAAAUUGAGGAUGAAGCUUUCCAUCUCAUACGAUCUGGAUAAUCCAGAUCCUAAGGAGGAGAAAGGUAAAUCAUCUAAGAAAAGCAAGAGGAAGCAUAGAUCAGAUUCUGAUUCUGGCAGUGAUAGCGAGGCUUCAGUUUUUGAAAGUGAUAGUGGGGGGUCAUCCGUUACAGAAACAGAAUCUUCUUCCGAGGAAGAGAGUUCAGAUUACAGCUCUUCCUCUGGUUCAGAGGAAGAGAGGCGUCGUCGCAGGAAGAAAAAGCAGAAGAAGAAGGGGAGGAGGGGGAGGCACAGCUCGAGUUCUGAAUCCUCCGAUUCUGACUCCGGUUCAGAAUCUGACUCUGAUGAUAGGAGCAGCAGGAGGAAAAAGAGGCACAGCAGAAGACGCUAAAAUUAGGUGGUCAAGCAGAAAGGCAGAUGAAUAUUUCAUAUCAGCUUCGCUUAUAUCCGUGUUGCUAUUACGUUAAGCAACUGACCCUCUUACAGGAGGGAAGCAAAUAUAAGUCUAGUAGAUUUGUUGCUGAUCAUUUCUUUUCUUCUGUUCUUGCUUUGUGAUGUAAUAAUCGCCAGUCAAAAGUAGUUUUUUGUAGCAUGUGAAACUUGUUAGUAUGUUCUUGAGUUUUCUAUGUAAAAGAAACUUGAUUUUGCAAAUCGAAGCGGUUCUCUCAUUCUGUUUU